ACGAUGUAGUGAUAUCCUCCGUUAUUGAAAAGAAAGUUGAAAAGUUCUCCAUUUAUUUAAUCGAUCUAAACUAAUCUAACAGUGUCAGUCUGCGAAUCUCUGACUGUGAUACAGAAUGAUAAACAAAAGGCAUACAAUGCAAAUUUAAGUAAGUCCAUAAUGUCCAAGCGAAAAGGAGAAGAACUAGCUGGGCCGAGUCGAAAGAAGCACACCGGUCAAGCGGGAACCAGCACCAGUCAAGCGGGAACCAGCAGCAGGGUGUCUGAUGAGGAAGAGGAGUUUGACCUCACACAGAGGGCCGACUUUGAAGUGAAUACAAAAGAAGCUGACAUAGGUAUUGUGGAGAAAAUAAGCCUAAAGAAUUUCAUGUGCCACAGUCGACUUGAUGUAUCAUUAGGGCCGCAUGUAAACUUUAUUGUUGGAAGAAAUGGAAGUGGUAAGAGUGCCAUAAUUACUGCCCUGGUGGUCGGUCUUGGAGGGAAAGCCUCUGUCACCAACAGAGGGAAUGCCAUCAAAGGAUUUAUCAAGUCGGGCAAGCAGACGGCCGAGGUUGAAAUCCAUCUACGUAACAGGGGGCCUGACGCAUUCAAGUUCAAAAAGUAUGGAGACAAGAUUAUUGUUGACAGGAAGUUCACACAUGAUGGAUCAUCAUCUUAUAAACUGAAAUCCAAGGAAGGAAAGAUAAUUUCCACAAAGCGAGAGGAACUGACAGCAAUACUUGACCAGUUCAACAUCCAGGUGGACAACCCUGUGUCCAUUUUAAACCAGGACACCAGCCGCAACUUUCUCAACUCAAAGUCACCACAUGACAGAUACAAGUUCUUCUUGAAAGCGACCCAGUUAGAGCAGAUGUUGUUAGACUAUACCAGAGCUAACGAACAGCGGGAAAUCACCAAGGACAUCAUAGAGAAAAAACAACAGACCCUGCCAACAUUGGAGAAGGAAGUUCUGGAGUGGGAGCAGAAAUUCAAAUCCUUGACGGCUCUCGAUGAAUUGAAAUCCAAGAUGGAGAAACGCAAACAGGAACUUGCAUGGGCAUUUGUCAUUUCAAGAGAAAGGGAAGUACAGCAAAUGCAAAAGAAUCUCCAUCAAGAAGAGUCCAGAAUUCCAAAGUUCAAACAGAAAGUAGAAGAAGCCAAGGCUAAAGUAGAAAGCUGUAUUCAGAAGCACAAUGAAUUGAAGGAACUCCUCAAGUCGACCAAUGAUGAGGUCAAACAGCUCCGUCCUCAGUUUGACUCUGCCAAGGAAACGUUAAAAGAGGCCAAAGCAGAUCUCCGCGUACGUCAGAAUGAUUUCCGCAAAAAGGAGGCAGAGCUUCGUAAAAUGGCAAAAGAACGAGAUGACAUCAACUCUCGCAUACAAGAAUUACAGAAAAGUGCCCAGCAUGAUUAUGAGGCUGAGCGGAGAUUGAGAGAAGAAAAGAUCGGAAGUCUGGAAGAGCAGGCAGAGACUCUGAAAGCCCAACAGAGCACGACAGAGCAUGACCUGGAAAACUUCAGGGCCGCUGUCACCAAACUCAAGGGAGAGGAGCGACAAGUGCAAGUCGAUGUAAAUGGCAUGAAGUCUUAUGAGGACAAAAGAAGGAAGCAGCUGAAUGACCUCCUGGGUGCUAAGAAUGACCGCCUGGCCCGGUUUGGUGCGUUCAUGCCAACUCUAUUGCAGCACAUCGAGGAGCGUUUCAGGCGGGGGGAGUUCCACCAAAAACCAAGGGGUCCGCUAGGAGCGUGUUUCAAACUUCGCGACUCGAAGUGGGCCAUGGCGAUGGAGCGAUGUCUCGCCUCACUGCUGCUCUCCUUCUGUUGCCAUGACCACCAUGAUGAAAAAAUUCUAGAAAGUAUAUUUGAUCGAGUGUGUAAUGAUCGGCAGAGACCAUCCAUCAUUGUGUCAGGCUUCAAGAAUGCAGUGUAUGAUGUCUCUAGAUUUAGAGCCCAGAGUGACUUAUUCCCAGCUGUGUUUGACAUGGUGGAAUGUAAUGACCCUGUUGUCAUUAACACUCUGAUUGACCAGAGAGGAAUAGAAAACAUUCUUCUGAUCGAAGACAAAGUGGAGGCCCGCACUGUGAUGGACCCAGAUGUACAAGCUCAGCCACGAAACUGCCAGGAGGCUUUCACUGUGGAGGGGGACCAGAUUUACAGUAAGCCGUCCCUGAGAUACUACUCCAAUAACAACACGCAUGCCAAAUUUCUCACCUCAAACACGGAGCAAGACAUUCACCGCCUGCAAGGGGAGCUAACUCAGCUCCAGCAGGAGAUACAGAAAAAAGAACAGGUCAAGGUCAAUCUUCGAGAUAACUUGCGGCAAAAUCAGAACGAGGAAAAGAAAUGUGAGACUCAGUUGAUGAAGAUCGGGCAGCGGCUCAACAAACUCAACAAUGAAAUCUAUGAGCUGAAAAGUAUUGAGGAUCCUGCUCCUAUUGAUGUCACAACACUGGAGGAGGAAGUGAAUAAUUUGGAGAGUCAGAUCCAGGAUAUGAGUGUGGUCCGUGACCAGCUCCACACACAGUAUCAGAACUCACUGUCACAGUUCCAGGCCGAGGAACAGAAGUUUAAAGAGGUCGAAAGUAAAAUGCGGGAGAAAGCAGAAGUGGGAGAACCACUGAAGGAUGAAUUUGGGUUGGCCCAGGUUGAGAUAGAGCAAGCUAAGUCUCACCGUAAACAUUACGAGGAGAAGCUGAGUGAACAGGAAGCUAAAAUCAGGGGGGAACAGAAAAAGGUGGAGGAGGAGUCAAAAGAACUGGAGAGUGACAUCAAGAAAGCCCAGCAGAUUUGUGCUGAGAAAAUCAACACUAGGCGGACCAUACAGAAUCUGGAGAGUGAAGUCACUCAGAUAAACAAACAGAUCAGAGCUGAGGAAAAGAGUCGUGGCAAUUCAGAGGAAAUCACACGGACAUACUACGAGAAGAGAGACAUGUACAGGAAGAUAAUGACCGAGGUCAAGCAAUGUAGAAACUUCAUACAGACGUUAUUAGAGACCUUGGAUAGGCGAAAAGCCAAUUCCAGAAAAAUGCGAAGCUACAUUUCACUUCGUGUAAAAUUAAAUUUCAUUGAACAAAUCGCCAUGAUGAAAACAUCUUGGAAUUCCAAAAUGGAGAUCUCUCACAAAAAAGAGACCAUAACGAUUAUAGUCCAGCCGACCACGAUGGCUGGAGAAGGAGCACGGGACAUGCGCUCACUGUCUGGGGGCGAGAGGUCCUUCUCCACGGUCUGUUUCAUUCUGGCAUUGUGGGAUGCCAUGGAGUCACCGUUCAGAUGUCUGGAUGAAUUUGACGUGUUCAUGGACAUGGUCAAUAGAAGAAUCUCCAUGGACAUGAUGAUGGCAGUGGCCAGAAACCAGAAACAUAAACAGUUCAUCUUCCUCACUCCUCAAAACAUGAGUAAACUUGGAAUUGAGAUAGAAAGUCGUAAGAUUUUUUGGAUGCCGGAUCCAGAUCGGGGUCAAGGUGUACUGCCAUUCGAACCAAUCCAUAACGAACAGGAGGAAGAGGAUGGUGACUGAUGUUAAUACAGUAACCAUGGCUACGGCCUGUGAACUCUAGUCAGAAUCCCCCAAUGUGUUCAGUCAGAUUAGUUUGGCUUGCCCACUUACAUUCCAAACCGUGGUUGUGUGCAGCAUUUUCAUUGGAUUACUUCAUUGUUGAUUAUUAGUAACUGUAUUGAAAGUCCUAUUUCCAUUAGAUUUGACUUCUGUGUUAUGCUUUUUGAUUGGAUGUGUAGUACUGUGAAUGAAUAAGGAAGUUCAAUUGCUGCUGUUGAUGCAAUAGAAUUUGUAUGUCGUUAUCCUACUGUUAAAUCUUGUAAAUUGAGACAGUAGUUUUUAUGUUCCCAUUUCUUAUACAAGAACAGUUCUAGUGCUAAUAUAUCUCGGCUAGCUGGAAGAAUAGUACUGACCUGUAGCUGGGAGAAUAGUACUGACCUGUAGCUGGGAGAAUAGUACUGACCUGUAGCUGGGAGAAUAAUACUGACCUGCAGCUGGGAGAAUAGUACUGACCUGCAGCUGGGAGAAUAGUACUGACCUGCAGCUGGGAGAAUAAUACUGACCUGUAGCUGGGAGAAUAGUACUGACCUGUAGCUGAGAGAAUAGUACUGACCUAAUGUUAAACUUGACUACACCCUAUGAAUGUCCUUCAGUUUUAUCAAGAGAAAGCUUUUAUGUGAUCAUGAGAUUUUGUUUUCUCAAUUUUUUUUUAGACUAGCUGUAGACCUCGGCUCUAACCUUGAAUUGUAAAUCAUUGCAUGUAUACAUCAUCAUAAACUUAAAUAUUCAUUAUUCAAAGGUCCAUGAUGUAUAGUAAACAGAGAACUCAGUGCCUGUUUAAUAUUGUUUAACUCACGACAACAGAUUGUAUAGUAAAAAGUUAACCCAGUGCCUGUUUAAUAUUGUUUAACUCACGACAACAGAGUGUAUAGUAAAAAGUUAACCCAGUGCCUGUUUAAUAUUGUUUAACUCAUGACAACAGAUUGUAUAGUAAAAAGUUAACCCAGUGCCUGUUUAAUAUUGUUUAACUCACGACAACAGAUUGUAUAGUAAAAAGUUAACUCGGUGCCUGUUUAAUAUUGUUUAACUCACGACAACAGAUUGUAUAGUAAAAAGUUAACUCAGUGCCUGUUUAAUAUUGUUUAACUCACGACAACAGAUUGUAUAGUAAAAAGUUAAUUCAGUGCCUGUUUAAUAUUGUUUAACUCACGACAACAGAUUGUACAGUAAAAAGUUAACUCAUUGCCUGUUUAAUAUUGUUUAAAUCACGACAAUAGAACAUUAUAACAUGAUACCUGUGAGGACAGAAAGUCGUAAAUUAUUUCUUCAUCUCCCACAGAUGGUUAAUUUUACAACUUCACACCUUACCUCAUUGUAUUCUGUAUGUUUUCUUGAGUUCUGUAUAAUUUGAAUACUGGACAAUAAGUCUGCGGCGGUGAUCAGUACAUAUAAUGCUUCACCUCCCCGUGCAUAAAAUACUCCCAUCUUGUUUGUAGUUGGUGCUCAUUCAGUGUUUUGUCAUCGAGCUCUAUUUUAUCAUGAUGUCACCAUUGGAAUAAAUUUUGUUACAGUA